AUGACCUCCAGAAACCCAGUAGCCAAAACUGAGCCCAUCGUCAUCGUCGGCGCUGGUGUCUUUGGCCUCUCAACUGCCCUCGAACUCAAGAACAGAGGCUAUCAAAAUGUCACAGUUCUAGACCGUUAUCUCCCACCCGUUAUAGAUGGAAGCAGUGUUGACAUCUCCCGUGUUAUUCGCGUCGAGUACGCUGACCCCUUCUAUGGCAAAAUGGCUCGCGAAGCCCUUGAAGGUUGGACGGGCCAAUACUCGGACCACUUCCACCAGUCAGGCUUUGUUAUGCUGACGGACAAAUCUGGAAACUCUUUUGCUGAGCAGAGCAAGAACGCCGAUAAGUCUCUGGGGGAAACUCUGAAGGAGUAUGAGAAUGCACACGAUAUCCGCGAGGAGUUCCCUGCUGUCCAGGCUAAGCUUGAUGGUCUUAAGGCAUACUAUAACAAGACAGGUGGUUGGGCUGAUGCCGAGUCGAGUAUACGCCAGCUAGCUAUGGAGUGCAGUCUUGCUGGCGUCUCUUUUAUCACCGGCGCAAGAGGCCGGGUUUUGUCAUUGCGGUAUAAUGACCGUAAAGUCACCGGCGUGAACGUCGCUGAAGGAGAACCCAUCGCUGCUGCGCAAGUCAUCUUGGCUACAGGAGCAUGGUCAAACAGACUAGUUCCCAUCAGCCAUGCUUCAUCUGGGUCCGGUCAACCAGUUGGUUUCAUCCGUCUAACUCCCCAAGAAGCAAAGAAACUCGCAGAAAUGCCCGUCAUCAUCAACCUCAGCACCGGAGUCUUUAUCUUUCCUCCUACCCCAAAGACACACAUCCUCAAGAUUGCACGCCAUGGCUACGGAUGGGCGACAGAGUUCGAUGCCCCAGACGCUAUAACCGAAUCUCGAAAGGUUUCAACUCCAAAGAGAGACGAGAACAACGCCACUGCGAAUUAUCUCCCCAAAGACGCUGAGGAGGCUCUCCGUGAGGGUCUGCAACAGCUUGUGCCGGAGAUUGGUAAUCAUGAGUGGUUGAGGCAGCGUCUUUGCUGGUACUCUGAUACGCCUGAGGGUGAUUUUAUAGUGGAUCAUCAUCCUGCUCGCGAAGGAAUCUUUCUGGCUACUGGUGGUGCUGGGCACGCGUUCAAGUUCCUACCUGUUUUGGGACGGUAUAUCGCCGAUUGCUACGAGAACAAGGCUUCUGAGGAGCUUCGACACAAGUGGAGGCUUAGAGCACCAACAGGAAAGGACAUGGUGAAGCAAGGUGAUGGCAGCCGAGGUGGUCCUCCAUUGCGCAAGUUGACAAGGGCUGAACAGGCCAAGUUGUAA